CUUAAAUGGCACACAAUAGAUAGUUUUUUGGAAUAUCAAAAUGUCUUCUCUGGGUAAACAAAAAUCAUCAAAUCUAGAAAAGUCACUUGGAAAGGGGAAACCUGAGGUAAAUAUAGCAACUUUUGCCUUGCUUUUCUCUGAAAUUGUGCAAUAUUGUCAAAAUCGAGUACACACAGUACCUGAAUUGCAAAACAAAUUAUCUGAACUUGGUCAACAUGUUGGAUCUCACAUGCUGGAUGUCUUGUUCCUCAGAGAGAAGGGAUACAAAAGAGAGAUUAAAUUACUAAGCAUGCUGAUUUUCAUAAAGUCUACUUUCUGGAAGAUUGUCUUUGGUAAAGAAGCAGAUAAACUUGAGCAGGCAAAUGAUGAUGAUAGAACUUAUUACAUCAUUGAAAAAGAGCCCCUUGUAAAUAAAUUUAUCUCUGUUCCUAAAGACAAAGGAAGCUUAAAUUGUGCAGCAUUCACAGCUGGUAUCUUGGAAUCUGUUCUUAAUGGUUCUAACUUUCCUGCUAAAGUAACUGUCCACUGGCACAAGGGGACAACAUUCAUGAUCAAGUUUGAUGAGUCAGUCAUCUCAAGGGAUAAAACUGUUGACAGUCGAUGAGUGCUUGGCAUUUUUUCUUCACUUUAUGAAUGUUGUUUUGUUUACAUUAUCAUUAUGUAUGUAUGUGCAAUGAAUUACAUUUUUUUGUUGAAUCAACAUGUGUUUAAAAAAAAUUCAGUUAUUGUGAUGAUAAAAGCAUUCAUCGAUAUGAUUAAGUGACAUGAUUUGAAGGUCUCAUUGUUUCCCUUGUUUGAAAAGACAUUUUGUUAACUAUCAAAUUAUUUGUUUAAUAUAAACUCAUGUAGGUUGGUGUGUGAGUUUGAACAAUAUACAUUUUAUUGUAUUAUUUAUUGUAAAAUUAUGUGUGAAAUCACAUUUCGUUUGUUAUUAAAUACUCACAAAUUUCACAAACAG